UAUCAUAUAAAAGGAAAAACCUUCGGAACGUAACUUCAAUCACAGCCAAUCAGUCAACCUGCCCAAGUCACCUACUCGCAACAGUAGAACCACCUCAAUUUCGAAAAUGUUCGCCAAAUUGUUCAUCGCUGCCCUCGCCAUCGCCGCCGUGGCCGCCCGCCCCGGAGUGUCCUCGGUGGUGUCCUACUCAUCCCCCGCGGUGGUUAGUGCUGUUGCCCCGACCGUGUACAGCUCCAGCACCUACCAUGGAGUUGCUGCCCCAGCUGUGGCCUACUCCAGCUACGCUCCGGCUGCCGUUUCGACCUACUCUGCCCCGGCCGCUUACCGCACCUACACCGCUCCGGUGGCCACCUACGGAGCCUACCCGUCGUACGCCACCACCUACGGAGCUGCCCCGGUUGUCUACUCGGCUUACUCGCCGUAUGCCACCGUGUACUAGAGCGGAUACCGCUGACCACUUGGAAUACUGCUGAAAAAUGGAAACGGAACUGCCUGGAAUUUACGCUGGAUUAGGAUAAGCUGAACUUGAACCCUUCAAACAACCAUUCUUUGUCUGGUCAACUGUGAAAUUACAAACAAACGCAUUUAAAUACACACGAAAAAAAAAAA